GUGAGCGUGACGUGUGUGCUGAGUAAAACUGGUGUGGUGGAGGACAGCGUGUUCUUCAAUCUGGACUCUCUGAUCGUCCCGCCGGGCUUCAGGCCGACUCGAGGAGAUCUGGUCAAUCUGGUGGUCCUGGAGAGCAGUCAGUCUCUGUACAGCUGGAGAGCGCUGUGUAUGACGCCGCUGCAGCGCAGGUCAAACUGUGGCUCGGAGCGUCAGCAGCUGCAGCGGUGUGUGUGUGCAGGUUGGGACUCGGCUCAGCAGUUCAGCGUCCGCUCCGUCAGCAGGUGUGAGGAUGGAGGAACUGAAGCUCCACCUGUGCGGAUGCUGGAGGAGCCGCUGGACAUCCACCCUGGACAGAAGAUGUGUGUGUGCGUCUGCUGCACUGCAAAGACUCUGGGCCGCUCCUCUGAGCUGCUGCUCCUGCACUUCUCCUCCUUCACCAUCGGGCGGCGUCUGGAGCUGUCUGUCAGCAGUGUGGAGGAGCAGCUGCUCAAUCCCAGCAUGCCCUACUGCUCUCCGUCCGCUCCCGCGCAGCUGCCGCAGCCCCUGCAGGUGCUCACGGUCUCGGCGCCGCCCACGCCGCUCAGACUCACGAGGCGGCAUCUUCCAAACUUCCUGGGGAACUACGGCGUCCCGCAGGCGCUCCGGGAGUGUGUGGAGGCCCAGAAGGAUGUGCUGGUGGUCCAGCCUGCUCUGGCCGAGGCGUUGAGUUUGCGGACGAUGCUGCCGCGUUUCUCUGCUCUGCUGUGGCUGGAGGAGCUGCAGGCCGAGAGGGAGAUCCGGGAGUUCAGCCUCACCGGCGCCAUCCUCAGGAGAGGAGCGGUGUACUUACACCUGGAGGUGCCGGGACUGGCAGAGGGACGGCCCAGCCUCUUCAUCGGUGAUAAAGUGGUCCUGAAGAAGCCGUGCAGUGGAGGAGUGGUGAUUGAGUAUAUCGCGUACGUCACAGAGAUCUCGGAUGAGGAUGUGAGUUUGCGUGUGAAUGCAGAGUUUCAGAGCAGUUAUCUGGGAGAGCCUCUGGAUGUGGAGUUCAGCUUCAGCAGGCUGACCAUGAGGAGAUGCCACUGCGCUCUGGAGCAAAGCAAACACUUUGGAGAGAACAUUUUAUUUCCCAGCAUGCUCCAGCUGCAGGCGCCUCAGUGGAGUGGAGAGUGGGGUCCGCAAGAGGAGCAGGACGAGGAGCUGAAGGAUGGUGAGCAGACUCAGACAGUGACGGGCUCAGCGCUGACUGCAGAGAUGGUGUCUGUGGCCACACAAACCAAAACAGAUCUGAGUGUGACACAGAAGCGCAUCCCGAACCCAGGUCAGUUCUUCAACCCGGAUCUGAACGCGGCGCAGAAGCAGGCCGUCAGACGCAUCCUGAGCGGAGAGAGUCGACCCACACCGUAUGUGCUGUUUGGACCGCCCGGCACCGGCAAGACCAUCACACUCAUAGAGGCCAUCCUGCAGGUUCAUCACCGUAUCUCCUGCAGUCGUGUGCUGGUGUGUACUCCCUCUAACAGCGCAGCUGACCUGAUCUGCAUGCGUCUGCAUCACAGCGGCUUCCUGCACAGCGCCAGUCUGGCUCGAGUCAACGCCACCUGCAGGCCAGAGGAGUCUAUGUCGGAGGAGUUGCGUCAGUACGCUCGAGCUGGAGAAGACAUCCGACACGCCAGUUUUCACCGCAUUGUGGUCAGCACCUGCUCCAGCGCUGGAAUGUUCUACCAGAUCGGCCUGCGUGUUGGUCACUUCACUCAUGUGUUUGUGGAUGAAGCCGGUCAGGCCACUGAACCCGAGACUCUGAUUCCUCUGAGUUUACUGUCUGAGACCAGCGGACAGAUUGUUCUGGCCGGAGACCCGAAGCAGCUGGGCCCGGUGGUGAAGUCCAGGCUGGCGUCAGUGUUUGGUCUGGGUGUGUCUCUGCUGGAGAGGCUGAUGGGAAACUCCCUGUACACCUGCGGAGAGAGAGGAUUCAACCCCCUGCUGGUGACGAAGCUGCUGUAUAAUUACCGCUCUCACGAGGCUCUGCUGGAUCUGCCGUCGCGUCUCUUCUACGCUGGAGAGCUGUGUGUGCGCGCGCAGAGAGCCGCCGUCGACUCACUCUGCCACUGGAACAAGCUGCCCACCAGAGGAUUCCCACUCAUCUUCCAUGGGGUCCGGGGCUCAGAGAUGCGUGAGGGCUGUAACCCAUCGUGGUUUAACCCAGCAGAAGCGGUGCAGGUGAUGAUGUACUGCUGUCAGCUCGCCAAGAGACUCUACAACCCCAUUUCUGCAGCGGACAUCGGCGUCAUCGCACCCUACCGAAAACAGGUGGAGAAGAUCCGUGUGCUGCUGCAGCGGGUGGGUCUGGGUGAGGUGAAGGUGGGCUCAGUGGAGGAGUUUCAGGGUCAGGAGUUCCUCAUCAUGAUCCUCUCCACGGUUCGGUCCAAUGAGUCUCUGCUGAAUGAAGAGCUGCAGUGCAUGCUGGGAUUCCUGUCCAACCCAAAGCGCUUCAAUGUGGCCAUCACUCGAGCCAAAGCCCUGCUGAUCGUCAUCGGCAACCCACACGUGCUCAUCAAGGAGCCGUGUUUCAGUGCGCUGCUGCAGUACUCGUAUGAUAACCGAGCGUUUAUCGGCUGUGAUCCUCCUGUGGCUCUGCAGAACUCCUGAAGGAGUGUCUCAGAAGAGCGCGGAUCAUCAGUGUUGUAGUGAUAUCUGACUUGAUCUUUUUGUUGUUGUUGUUAAUAAAUAUUGAGUGCUUUAUUCUGGUUUUGCACUAAUGCAGCACAGAAAUGCCUGUGUUCAUCACUGCUGUUCAUUUACAUGCUGAUAAUUAAAUCAUCUGUGUA